AUCUCUCUCAUUUGUUUCGCUUUCAAACCCUAGAUCUACAUCCGAACCUCCUCGGCAGAUCAUUCAAUUUCGACUAUGUAAUGGAAGGACCCGAUUCUGGAUCUUUUUUAGAUCGGUUGGUCAGGGGCCCUAGAUCUCCUUCCAAGGCGGUGGGUGGAAAACGUAGUCCGGAUUGGGAUGGCAGAUCGGAGAUUGCUUGUAAGCGGGUCAAGAUGCGGGAUCUGGAUUCGGUACUCCGCAGCUCUGGAGGUAUCAGAAACCAUCAUUCGGAGUCGCCUAUAGUUAAAGAAGCGGCAGUUCAUACUCACCUCAAUAACAAAGAGGAGACUUCCCAAGUUACCGAAGCUCUUGCAUCGAUGCAUUCAGAAAAACAAAAAGUAACAAUAGCCUCAAUUGCUCUAUCUCAUUUGCAGACUGCUGCUUGUUUGAGUACGGGUCAUGUUGACUGCAGCCACAGACCUCUGAAUCUUUACACCAAUGUUUGUCUUGUAAGAGGAUCUACCUGCAGUGCAACAUCAGCAAUUGUCAGCAAUACUAGCACAAAAUCACCUGAAGACAAGAUAUCAGGCAAAGACCUUAACCUCAAUACUACCACCCCGUUGGGCCUUGGUUUGGAUCUUAACGCAGAAGAUGGCCAUCAGAUUGCAGACCACAACCCAUUUUAUCCUUAUAAAAGCUUGGGUCAUGUGAAGCCUGCAGAGCCUUCGGAGUGUGGGAGCUCGAUUGGCCCUUUGAAGGAGACUGAAUCCUUGAGAAGGUGGAAAGCAAUGAAACAAAAUGGUUUCCUUUCAUCUUUACAUGGAGGCAUACCAAUGCCUAAGCAGCGGGGCCCAUCAAGGAAGAACAAGACUAAUGCACUCAAGAAGAAAAUGGACCUUGCGAGGAAAGAGCAGGUUGACAGGUUCACAAAGAUUGCAGCCCCGAGUGGACUGCUCGCGGGAUUGAAUCCAGGGAUCAUAAACCAUGUGAGAAACAGCAAGCAAGUCCACUCUAUAAUCGAGGCUUUAGUUAGAUCAGAAAAGCUUGACAACGAAGCUCAAAAUAGAUCUUCUAUGCCUUGGAAUAGACCAUAUAUUCAUUCAUGCUCAGAGCACAAGUGUGACGAUGUUGAAUCAGAUGUAGGUGAGAGAAAGGUCCAAUGUGAGCCGUUUGUUGCUUCACACUUUGCACCAGAAUGCGAAGAUGAUAGGCUUACGCUGAAACUGCCAUCAGCAAUAACUAUGGCAUCAGAGAACACCAGCUCCGUGUCAAAUGAGGAUUUCUCCAUGAACCAGGACAGCAUCACUUCACUUUCUUUAAAAGCUGCAACUGUCGCUUCUCAGUGGUUGGAACUUCUUCAUCAGGACAUCAGAGGACGUCUCAUUGCACUGCAACGAAGUAAGAAAAGAGUACGAGCUGUGAUUCAAACAGAAAUUCCUUCUCUUAUGUCGAGAGAAUUCUCAUUGAACCAAGAGAAUGAAUCAAACUUUGGGCAAUUCUCUGGUGCUGAAUGCUGCAACAAUGCACCUCUAGACGUGCAUCAUGUUGAAAGGUGGUGGUCCCUUUUCAAUCAGAUGGACAAAGCACUCUCAGAAGAGGCAAAUCAUCUUGAAACCUGGUUGAGACAAGUGAAAGAAAUGCAAUCGCACUGUGAACAGGGCCUGCAGUAUGUCAACUCUACAGGAAAAGAUGGUCUCCAACAUCUAGGCUUAUCAGGAAAGGACUCCAGAUCAAAGAAAGCAGAGAUGUUAGAGAGGGAAUGUGCAGUGCGGGCUGCAGCGGCUUCAAUCUACUCCACAUGCAAUCUGGUGAUGACAGCAGAGAAUGUAUCAUGCUUUUGACCUCAGCAUCCUCUAAAUGGGGUGUGCUCAUGCUAUUUUUACUAAUUUGUUAACCAUCUUUGCUAAUCCACCUCAUAAUCUGUAUGUUGUGCAUUGACUGACUUGUGAUAGUGUAGUUUUCGCCUAUUUUAAAUGUACAAUUUUAUUAUUGACGAUGUGUUCUCAUUUUAGAUUAUUUGAUGCUAGCUUUGCAGAUUA